AUGUCAAAGAAAAAAGCUCAUCAUACUCCAAUAAACAAACAUAAAAAUACAGAUGAACAAAAUAAAAAUCGAUUAUUUUCUCAUAUUGAUGGAAAAUUCGCUCAAAUAUCCACUCAUACAUUCGAUAAUCAAACACCAACUAAUCAACCUUUAAUACCAACAGGUGUUGUUGACAUCGAUAAAUCAGUAGAGAAUCAAAUUAAAUAUUCAAAUUCUCCUCAUCAACAUCAUACAAAACCAAAAAAAAUAAUUGAAACAACACAAAAAGAUGAUGAAGAAUAUCUUCAUAUUCCACAUAUUUAUCAUCAUUAUGAUAAAUAUAAUAGAUAUGAAUAUAGAAAAUAUGAUAAUUAUCAUUCUAUCAAUAAUAAAGAUCAAUCAUUGAAUAAUAAUCUUUAUCGUUAUGAUCGAUAUGGAGAAACAUAUGAUCCUCGUUGGUGGUAUAUGCCAAUUAAUUCUGUUCAUGGACCAAAAUCACAUAGACAAAUUGAUUAUCACUAUGUUACUCCAAAAUGGUAUCAAUUACAGAAUAGAUAA